GUCCGCCUGACAGCCUCCAUUUAAUGCAUUUGAACUACACACUCAGAGAGCUCACUCUUUGCUCUCUCCUCUUUCAGCUAAAAAUCUUCAUUUUUCUCUCAUAAAUCUCUGCAAAAUUCUUAAUUGCUUAUCUUUUCUUCUCUCUCCACUUCAGCGCAAACCCUAACCCCCAAAUAUUGGUUUCAUUUGUUGGAGAGCAUCCGUGAAGGGAAGAGAGGAGGAAAGGAUCCUCAGGCCUUGCCUGGUCUCCCUCAUUGUUUACGUAUGGACAGAGUUCCUCACUCAUCUCAUUUUAUCCUCUCAUAGACAAAGCAAUAUCUUUUUCUCUAGCAAAUGGGGGUUGAGAAAGAGGGCUCAAAAAGCGGAGGAGGUUAUGUAGGUGGUUUCUUCCAGCUGUUUGACUGGACAGCAAAAUCUCGGAAGAAGUUGUUCUCAAGCAAAUCAGAUUUACCAGUGCCUUCAAAACAAGGAAAGAGGAGUGAUGGGAACUUGCCAAUGACUCGGCUUCAUCUGAUGGAUGAGGAUGAAACUGGAGCAGGGUCAAGUAUUAGAGGGAGCAGUGAUUAUAGUUGUGCUUCAUCAGUAACAGAUGAUGAUGGAUGUGGAGCUAAGGCCCCUGGAGUAGUAGCCAGGCUUAUGGGAUUAGAUUCUAUGCCAACAUCCAGUUUUUCUGAGCCCAACUCUACCCCAUUCUUGGAUACUCAAUCUCUUAGGGAGGCUUCUCAGCGGAGGAAACAUUUUGAAUAUUAUCAUGACCCUCAAAUCAUGUACUCUGGAAAUCUGCUCAAUAAGGAAGGCCCUUCACGGAACUUUCUAGACUCAAAGCCUCAGAGGGUGUUGAGUAGACCUAUUGACAAGUUCCAAACUGAAAUUUUGCCUCCAAAAUCAGCUAAAUCAAUUCCAAUUACACACCAUAAACUUUUAUCUCCUAUCAAGAGUCCUGGUUUCAUUCCAAGUAAAACUGCUGCUCACAUAAUGGAAGCAGCUGCAAAAAUUAUUGAACCUAGUCCACGAACUACUGCUAAGGCGAAAAUUUCUGUGGUUGGGUCUUCUUCAGUUCCCUUAAAAGUUCGGGAUCUUAAAGAAAAACUGGAGGUUGCACAGAAAAUGCCACUGGUUGGGUCCUCUGCAGCACCUCUGAAAGCUCGAGAUUUAAAAGAGAAAGUAGAAGCUCCUAAUAAAACAUCCAGGCCUGCUGAACCUUCUAGAAGACCAGUUGAGUCAAAUGCUGCCAAGUAUCUUAAGGGGCAGUCUUUGAACAAAAGCUGGAAUGGUUCGGUGGAGACAACAUCUUUCAAGGCUUUGCCAGAGACAGAAGAAGGUUCUUCUGGUUUAAAGAACAAGGGAAAGUCCAUCUCACUUGCAAUCCAAGCGAAGGUAAAUGUUCAGAAAAGAGAAACUUUGAAUUCAAGUGGCAGUCGAGGCUUGCUAGGCCAGAAAGACCAGGGUGAGGUUACGUCUACCCAGACCUUAAAGAGUCAACUAAAUAUUCAAAAGAGCUUGCCCAAAAAAUCUUCCAUGCGUAGUACUUCUGGAGUGCUCAGACAGAACAAUCAGAAACAAAAUUGUCAUAUUGAUAAAGACAAGCCAUCAAAGGCAAAUGAUUCCAAUUUGCAGGGCAGAAAGGCUUUGACUGGGAAUUCUUCUUCUUCUUUGCGGCACAAAACUUCAGUUAAAAAUAUUGGCUCCAAAGCUGGAACCAGAAAGUUGGGCCUGGGUGUAACAGAUAAUGAAAAGGGACACUCAAAUUAUAGUACAAAGCAAAUUUCCAGGAAGAAGCGAUCAAUUGAUGGGAACUUGCAUAUUGAAAAAAAUCAGGUUGUCAAUAGUGUGUUAAUUGACAAGAACAGGAAGGAAAUUGAAUCCAGUCAGGCCAUUGAAAGGAACUUUAGUUGGGCUGAAGAAAACAAGAAGAAGGGUAUGGAUGUUGUUUCAUUUACAUUUACAGCUCCCUUGAUGAGAUCUAUACCUGGUUAUGAGACAUCUGGUCAAGUUGUACAGAAAAGUAGCAGUGCUUGCAUGGAUAAUCGAGGCAAUAGAUUGUUGCUUGACACAGAUAGUGUUAAGCUAUCUUCAGUGGGAUGUAAUGUGAUAGGAGGAGAUGCACUGAGCGCUCUUUUGGAACAGAAGUUAAGAGAAUUAACCAAUAAUGUGGGGUCUUCUAAAUGCAAUUCUGUCAAAAUGGGAUCUGGUUUGAGUUCUCCAUCAUUUUUGCAAGAUAUGGUGCCUACUCUUAAUGCAGGCAGCACUACUCCAAAGUCAUACGGUAACAAGGAUCAAAAUACGCUGCUAAUAGGUAAAUCUGGUAGCAGCGGUGAUUCUGAUGUAUUAUUCUCAACAGAUCCCACGGCACUCAGAUUGAAACACAUAUUUCAGGGUGUUGAUGAGAUGGAAGAGUGCAGCAGCAAAUCUAAUGAUUCCAGAAAGCUGCUUGAUUGUAGACGUCCUAGCCCAGUCUCUGUUCUUGAACCUUCCUUUUCAACUGAAAGUAGCAGCUCUUUUGACAGCACAGAUUGUAGCAGUACUGAAGGAAGCAAGCAAUGUUCGUCUAUUCAAGCUCAGGAAAUUCUUGGUUUAAGUUCUUCAAAGAAGUUUCAUUAUGUUGAUGCUGAUACAGAUUUAUCAGAUUCUGCUUCUUCAACAUCUACUGGCACUGCAGCUGGAAAGCAUGCAAAUACAUUACCCUUGAUGGAUCUAGUGAAAUCAACCAAGUGGGAAAUAGAAUAUGUGCGGAAGAUGCUCUCUAAUAUGGAAUAUAUGUUUCAGGACUUUGCACUGGGUCAGGCUCAUGAGAUCAUAAGCCCUCAUCUCUUCAAGCAGUUAGAAAGUCAAAAGGAUGGACUGGUUAGUGAUGAUGUUGAGGCUAGGCUAGAGCGAAAGGUAUUAUUCGACUGUGUGAAUGAAUGUUUGGACAUAAGAUGUAGGCGGUAUGUUGGUGGCGGAUACAAAAUAUGGGCCAAAGGAGUGACAAUGGUGAGAAGAAAAGAGUGGCUAGCUGAAGAAGUGUUGAAAGAUAUCUCAGCAUGGAAAGGCAUGGGGGAUUGCAUGGUCGAUGAACUUGUAGACAAGGACAUGAGCAGUCAAUACGGAAGAUGGAUGGACUUUGAAGUUGAUGCAUUUUUACUUGGAACGGAGAUCGAGGGUCAAAUAUAUAGUAGUCUACUUGAAGAGGUGGUUGCUGACAUCUUUGGAUGUUGAUGCCUAGAGCUGAAGAAGUGUGCAUGGUGGUUUUUUGAUCGAAGUUGGAUCAAAUUGUGGAUGCGGGGUGGAUAAAACAUGGCUGGAAAUCAAAUGGGUCGAGGUUCAAACAUAUUGCAGUUUAAUACUUUUAACAUGACCUCCAGUUCAUGUCAAGUCCCCUGUAUUUGUAAGAUUUUUUCAUCUCAUUGCUCAAAUUAUUGCUUCAUUUAUUGCUUUGUGAAUCAGUGAAAUGUUCAUAGGAUGUCGGUAAUUUCACUAUAAUGAAAGGCUCGAGUGGCUACUUUUGAA